CCUUAUGUCAGCAUCAUUGUAUUUAUUUACUUAGCUAAGCUAAUUAGCAUUCAACAGACUAAUGUUGGCCUCUGCUGCGCACUUUUCGCCCAAUUAAACUCAACUAACAGCCAAUAUGAACUGUGUCGUCGAAGGAAAUGGUGUAAAAGCGUUUGGCAAGGCUAUUCAUGCCCUGUCACGGAUAGGAGAGGAGCUGUGGUUGGAUCCCAUGGUCAAAGGGCUGGCGCUGAGAUCAGUGAACGCUGCUCAGUCUGCAUAUACCUGCUUCCUUUUCUCGCCACUGUUCUUCCAGCACUACAGCCUGGGAUCGGGAUCAGAGCAGGGCAAUGAAACCAUCAAAUGCAAACUGGUCCUGAAGUCUGUGCUUCCACUUUUCCGAUGUUUGACUUCCAUUGAGCGUAAUGUGGAACGAUGUCGGAUAUCAAUCAACACUAACAGUGACCAAGUGAUGAUCCAGUUUUUCUGCAGACACGGCAUCACCAAGACCCACAACCUUUGUUUCCAGGAAAGUGAGGCCCUGCAGGCAGUGUUUGCCUCACACCUCUGUCCCAAUGUGCUGAAGGCACCUGCCAGGCUUCUUGGUGAUAUGGUGAUGCAUUUCCCAGUGUCCCAGGAGGAAAUCACUCUGUCCAUGACUCCGCUGAGAGUCAGUCUGAGAAAUUACUUUGAGGAGGGAAAUGAUCGCAUGAAGAUGACAUACACUGAGAUGUCCUUACACCCAGACGAGUUUGACUACUUUCAGAUCGGAGUGGACUCGGACAUAACCUUCUGUCUGAAGGAGUUGAGGGGUUUUCUGUCCUUUGCAGAGUCACAUUGCCUACCGCUGUCGGUCCACUUCGGAUCUGCAGGAAAGCCUGUGUGUUUCUUCAUGGAGGACAUGGUCCUGGAGGCCACUGUGGUGCUGGCUACUCUGAUUGACUAUGACAACACGGCCCCCUCUCAGCCUAUAGGGGCCCCGCACCCCACCACACCCAGGUGUGCAGAUGCCGCUGCUCUACCUGUGGUUUCAUAUAAGGCAGACAGCAGUAUACAGGAUAUUCCUGCUGUGACUGAGCUGAUUGCAUCCAGCCAGGGCAGCCCUAUGAUCCACCCACCUGCUCUGAUGCAGUUUCUACCUCAGAUUGGCGACCCUGAUGGGCUCUGUGUAUCUGAAGAGGCCUGUGCCAGUGCCACCACAACUCCUGCUUCCACUACGAUCUGCUCCCUCCUGUUCAGGGCCUUGUCCCCAGAGCCGGACCAAGAUGGCUGUGCCUUCAGGCUGUCUGUUCUGGCAUGUUACAGUGACACGGAGGAGGAUAUGGAAGAAAACUACGCAAGAAGUCCCUCACUCUGAGAACAGAGCUGCCACUCAUUUCUCAUCUUGACUUUUUGUGCUGCUGUAUGCCACAACAUUCAAUGGUAGAACGGUUUAUGAUGAUAUAAAUUGAAUGUACACUGCAUUCUAAGUAGGUUUUAAGCAUUUUGUUUAUAGCUCAAAUGUUGCUUUGCCUGUUUAAACUGUUUACAAAGUGUUAAGUUUCCCCAAAUUGUUCAGUUGGAAAGUCAAGAGAAUGUAUUUACAAUGAUUAUUUGUCAAAGAAUAUAUCAAUUAAAAUGUUACGUAAUUUUAGUGUGUAAAAUACAUGUUAUAGUAAUCAAAGAAAAAUACUGUUUGGCCUUGUCUGUGAAAACAUUACCUCAGCUUGAAGAUG